AUGUUUAAUACAGAACAAGAAGUGACUAAAACUCUCCCGGAAAUCAAGAAAAACAAUACUGUAGCCCAAUGGAAAUUCCAUCAUAUCACUGCCAAAGAGUUGGAUAAAGUUAUUUCUAAGACAAAAAAUUCUAUGGCUGGCUAUGAUAACAUUUCGGUGUCAUUGUUGAAAAUUCUAGACAACAAUUCGCUCCAAAUACUUGCAAAAUGUAUCAAUCACACAAUUGACAGUGAAAUGGUUCCUAAAGAAUUGGGUAUCGGUAUUCUACUCCCAUUACCCAAAAUCAACAUGCCUUCAAAAUUAUCAGACUUUAGACCUAUAGUUGUAUUAUCCGUGAUCUAUCGUCUAUUUUCUUCUAUUAUCAACAAACAAUUCAUGAAUGUCCUUGAAGAGGCUAAUUUAAUCCACACUGCGCAACGAGGAUUCAUGAAAAAGGUUCAACAUUAG